AUGUUGUCGGUUGGUAGCCAAACGCUGGAUAACGACGACCACAUGGCCCAGGAGACUGGCAACGCCGAAAAUGAUCCAACCCCGAUAAGCUCCAGUGACUCUGCGGCCAGUAGUGACCACAAAGCUGAAGCAGCUCAGUCCAGGAAUGACGUUGAGGAGAUGGCGCGGAGGGGCAGUCUGGUUCAGAAUUUGGCGCGGACUUUCACCUCAGAGUCACAACACCACCGAAAUGGAAACAUCUUCACGCACCAGACCGACCCAAACUCCCCAUUGAAUCCCAACAGCCCGAGUUUCAACGCUCGCACCUGGGCUAGGGCGCUGGCGGAUAAGAUCGAGUCCAGCGGUGGCUCGGUCCGGACGAGCGGCGUCUGCUUCCAAAACAUGACAGUUUCCGGCUACAGCGCUGGUACACGUCACCAGAAAAACGUCACGAACGUGUGGCUGGAGGCUGUGAGGUUUUCCCGCCAGGUCCUUGGUCAUGGGAGGACUCGCGCCGCUAUCCUGCGCGAUUUCGAUGGUGUUGUCCACAACGGAGAGAUGCUGGUAGUCCUCGGGCCUCCGGGGUCGGGAUGCACUACGUUCCUCAAGACCCUUGCUGGGGAGACGAAUGGUCUCUUCGUCGAUGAGCAGGCGUACUUCAACUACCGGGGAGUGAGCGCUAAGGAAAUGCACACCCAACACCGUGGCGACGCAAUUUACACUGCCGAAAUCGACGUUCACUUUCCGAUGCUCUCGGUGGGCGAGACGCUGACCUUCGCUUCACGGGCCCGCACGCCGCGGCAUUUACCACCCGGUGUCACACCAUCCAUGUUCUCCGACCAUCUCAGGGAUGUGGUGAUGGCCAUGUUUGGGAUCAGUCAUACCAAGAAUACAAGGGUUGGAAACGAGUACAUUCGAGGUGUUUCUGGCGGCGAGAGGAAGCGCGUCACCAUCUCCGAGGCAUCUCUUUCUGGCGCGCCGUUUCAAUGUUGGGACAAUUCGACACGGGGAUUGGAUAGCGCAAAUGCUGUUGAGUUCUGCAGAACAUUGAGAUUACAGUCCGAGAUCUUUCGGACUUCCUGCGCGGUCUCUAUUUACCAAGCGCCCCAAGCUGCAUACGAUCUCUUUGACAAAGCUACAGUACUGUACGAAGGUCGACAAAUCUUUUUCGGUCGCGCGGACGAAGCUCGCCAGUACUUUAUAGAUCUGGGAUUCGAGUGCCCCGAACGUCAAACUACUCCCGAUUUCCUAACUUCCAUGACCAGCCCGUCCGAGCGUCUGGUCCGUCCUGGCUUUGAGAAUACUGCGCCCAGAACGCCGGAUGAGUUCGCAACAGCCUGGCGCAGUAGCCAGGCUUACCAGCGGCUGCAAGCCGAGAUUGAGGCGUACAAGACCGACCAUCCGAUUAAUGGAGCCGAUGCGCAGGCAUACCGAGAGAUCAAACACGAGCAUCAAGCUAGGGGACAGCGGGCAAAGUCGCCAUACACUUUGUCCUAUAGACAGCAGAUCGGCCUAUGCUUGUGGCGUGCAUACCGACGCUUUAUUGGCGAUCCCUCUCUCACAGUUGGCCAGCUCGGUGCCAAUAUCAUCAUGGGUUUAAUUGUCUCUUCCGUAUUCUACAACUUGGACCAAACCACAGGAAGCUUCUUUCAACGAUCGGCACUUCUAUUCUUUGCGGUUUUGAUGAACGCCUUCAGUUCGGCUUUGGAAAUUCUAACGCUCUACGCCCAGCGCGGUAUCGUCGAGAAGCACGACCGUUAUGCUUUCUACCACCCUUCCUGUGAAGCAAUCGCCUCCGCUUUGAUGGACAUGCCGUACAAGGUUCUGAAUACCAUUGCCUUCAAUCUGAUUAUCUCCGUUCUAGCAAUGUCUGGUAUUUUCCGCACCAUUGGCUCUGCUUCCCGCACGCUGUCACAGGCCAUGGUGCCAGCAGCUGUUCUCAUCCUGGCACUGGUCAUGUUCACGGGGUUUGUUAUUCCAAUCGACUACAUGCUGGGUUGGUCUAGAUGGAUCAACUACAUCGACCCCAUGGCAUACAUUUUCGAAGCGCUUAUGAUAAACGAGUUUGCCGGCCGACAAUUCCUUUGCACAUCGUAUGUCCCAAGCAGCACAGUUGCCGGUUAUGAACAUGUCAGCAACGCCAAUCGCAUAUGUUCAGCUGUUGGUGCUGUUCCUGGAAACCCUUAUGUAGAAGGAACUGAUUACAUCGAGUCUUCCUUCCAGUAUUAUCCCAGCCAUAAAUGGCGGAAUAUUGGGAUUGUGAUAGGGUUUAUCGUUUUCUUCCAUGCUCUGUACAUGAUGUUCACUGAGCUCAUCACGGCCAAGAAAUCAGAAGGCGAAGUCCUGGUCUUCCGUCGAGGACACAAACCCGCACAGCUCAAGGAGACUAAAAGCGACCCUGAGACUGGCUUUGCGCGUUCGUCAGUCCCCGUCGUCGUAUCCGAGAAGGCCGACGGAAGUAUGUCCGAGCAAACGAGGGGCGCUGUGCAAGAGUCAACAAGUGUGUUCCACUGGAGCGAUGUCUGUUACGACGUCAGCAUCAAGGGCAAUACCCGCCGCAUAUUGGACCAUGUCGAUGGCUGGGUGAAGCCCGGGACCCUGACAGCUCUCAUGGGAGUAUCAGGUGCGGGUAAAACAACCCUUCUUGACUGCCUGGCGGACAGAGUAUCGAUGGGAGUUAUCACCGGUGAGGUACUGGUUGAUGGCACUCCGCGAAGCAGAUCAUUCCAGCGAGAGACUGGUUAUGUCCAGCAGCAGGACCUGCAUCUCGAAACUACAACAGUCCGCGAAGCUCUGAACUUUAGCGCUCUCUUGCGUCAACCAGGUCAUCUUUCCCGACAGGAAAAGCUUGCUUACGUCGAUGAAGUAAUUAAGCUCCUCGAUAUGCAAGAAUACGCCGACGCUGUCGUUGGUGUUCCUGGUGAAGGCCUCAAUGUCGAACAGCGCAAGAGAUUGACUAUCGGUGUCGAGCUCGCAGCGAAGCCACGGCUCCUAGUCUUUGUGGAUGAGCCUACAUCUGGGCUUGACAGUCAGACUUCUUGGGCAAUUCUCGAUCUACUCCAACGACUCACAAAGAGCGGGCAGGCCGUUCUAUGCACUAUUCACCAGCCGUCAUCCAUGCUCUUUCAGCGGUUCGAUCGGCUGCUGCUGCUGGCAAGUGGCGGAAGAACCGUGUACUUUGGCGACAUUGGAGAAAGUUCUGAGCAUCUAAUCUCUUAUUUUGAGCGCAAUGGUGCACCACCAUGUCCCCAAGGUGCCAAUCCCGCAGAGUGGAUGCUCGAGGCCAUCGGCGCUGCCCCUGGGUCAAGCAGCAAGAUUGACUGGCACGCGACAUGGAAGAACAGCCCAGAAUACCAAGUCGUCAAGGCUGAGCUGGAACGUUUGCGAAUAAGGAGUGGAAGCAGUGCGCCUCAUGUUGACGAUGAGGAGAAUUCGGGUGAAUUCGCAGCUCCAUUUCACUGGCAACUCUGGGAAGUUACCCAUCGAGUUUUCCAACAGUACUGGCGUACUCCUUCUUACAUAUACUCCAAGGCGUCUCUUGUCACACUGGUGUCCGCCUUCAUUGCUUAUUUCUUAGGGUUCGCAUUCUUCAAGGCGCCUAAUACCGUCCAAGGCCUGCAAAACCAGAUGUUCGCUAUUUUCAACCUCCUGACGGUCUUUGGUCAGUUAGUGCAACAGACGAUGCCAUAUUUUGUCAUCCAACGGUCUCUCUACGAGGUCCGGGAACGUCCUUCUAAAGUGUACUCAUGGAAGGUCUUCAUGCUAUCGCAGAUCAUCGUCGAGAUCCCGUGGAAUACACUAAUGUCGGUUAUCAUGUUCCUUUGCUUUUACUACCCAAUUGGGCUCUACCAGAAUGCCGAACCCGCGCACCAGGUCACAGAGCGUGGCGCCCUGUUCUUCCUCUUCCUUUGGGCAUUUAUGAUGUUCACCUGCACCUUCACCGACUUCAUCAUUGCCGGCGUCGAAUCUGCAGAGCAGGGCGGCAACGUAGCAAACUUGCUGUUCAUGCUCUGCCUGAUUUUCUGCGGUGUUCUCGCGACCCCGAGCUCCUUUCCACAUUUCUGGAUCUUCAUGUAUCGCGUUUCACCAUUCACCUACAUGGUCCAGGGCAUGAUGACGGCGGCUGUUGCGAACACAGACGUCGUUUGUGCGGCGAAUGAACUGCUGCAUUUUCCACCGCCUGCCGGACAGACCUGCGGGCAGUUCCUGCAGCACUAUAUCGAUGUGGCCGGUGGAUAUUUGCAGGACUCGAAUGCGACGGAUGUAUGCACAUACUGCACCAUCGGGAAGACCAAUGUUUACCUCGCUGGUGUCGAUGCGUUCUACGAUCAGCGAUGGAGGAACUUUGGUAUCUUCAUUGUCUACGUUGUCGUCAACAUCUUUGGGGCCCUCUUCAUGUACUGGUUGGCUAGAGUGCCUAAAAAGGCACUCCUGAGGUGGAGAAAAAAGUAG